GCCGGGCUUGCGCAGGGAGCGCGUCGCGGCUCAUCUGACCGCGCUGGCGGGGCCCGAGCCGGGCGGCGGGCUCGGGGGGGGGGGGGGUUCCUGCCUUGCCCCGGUCCCGCCGCGGGUUGAUCAUUAACGCAGCAGCGGCGGUAGAGCGGCCGCGGCCGGGCCCGGCUCCCCGGCGCCAGCCCCGGCGCCUCCGCAGAGUGUCCUGCCAAGAUGGCAAGUGACCCCAGGGCAGAGCCUGAUGCUGAGGAUGCAGCUGAGGCUGAAGAGGGUGUCUAUGAGGAGGUGAUGCCCUGCGACAGGAUGGAGCUAAGCCAACGGCUGGCCGUGGAGGAGCUCAUCACCACUGAAGCCAGCUACGUCCACAACAUCCAGCUCUGCGUGUUGGACAUCCGAGCACACCUCCAGAAGAAGCAGCUGCCUGACCUUGACCUGGAAGGACUCUUCUCUAACACUGAUGACAUCCUGCACAUGUCCAGACGGUUUCUGAAGGGUCUUGAGGGCACGACCACAGCCACCAGUGAGCAUGAGCAGCUGUUCUGCAUCAGCACACUGUUCCAGGAGUUCAAGGAAGAGAUGGAGACCACCUACAAGAUCUACUGUGCUAGCUAUGAGCAUGCCCUCCUGCUGGUGGAGACCUACCGCAAGGACCCCAGGCUGCAGGAGGAGAUCCUGGACACUCUGAACGCAACAGUGCCUCACACGAGUGCAUCGGACCUCAGCUUCUUCCUGGUGAUGCCGGUGCAGAGGGUCACCAAAUACCCGCUGCUGCUGGGGAAGAUCCUUGAGAACACCCCCCCCAACACCAGCGUGUACUCGGCGCUGGAGGCAGCCAUCCGUGCCAUGGCCCAGGUGAACACCAACAUCAAUGAGUACAAGCGGCGCAAGGAAGUGGCAACCAAAUACAACAAGGCCGAGCACCUGACGCUGCGGGACCGCUUCGCGCGCCUCAACACGCACUCCAUCGCCAAGAAGACCUCGCGGCUGAGCCGGCUCUUCAUGCACGAGGCCGGCAUCGUGGCCAAGACUCGGGACAAGGAAUAUGAUGACCUGGAAGAGAAGUUCCAGUGCGUGGUGUCUGCCGUGACCACACUGAAGGAGAAUGUGGCAUCCUACCUGGGCCAUUUAGAGGCUUUCCUGUUGCCCACCCCACACCAGCAUGAGCUGGAGCUCACCGAGGGACCUGCGCAGCAGUACCGCAGCUUUGCACAACACCUCCACUGCACUGCUCUCCCAGAGUUUAAGCAGCGACUGGACAAGCUGGUGUGCCAGCCCCUGUGCAGCCUCUCAGACAUGCUGGUGGGGCCGCAGCAGCUGGUGAAGAAGCGCCUGGACAAGCUGCUGGACUACGAGGAGAUCCAGGAGCGAAGGAGCGAGGUGGGCAGCGUGACGUACGACGAGGAGGCCGCCAUGAACACCUACCUCGCCAUCAACGCGCUGCUCGUGGCCGAGCUGCCGACGUUCAACCAGGCUGCCCUGCAGCUCCUGGGGCAGAUCCUGCGCUCCCUCAGCGCCCUGCAGUGGGACUUGGCUGCCGAGGUCCUGCACCAGGCAGAAAAGGAGCUGGAGCAGAUGCCCCAUGGCCGCAUGCCCCUGCCCAGUUUCUGGAAGAUGGUGGAGGAUGCCCUGCAGCAGUCUGGUGCUCAGCUCCACGCUUUCCAACAGACGUUUGACACGGUCACACCAAGCCCUGUGGCGCAGCCUCUGAACCCUGCUGAGGAGCGGAAGGUCCUUUCCCUUGUGAGCAAGCACGGCCCAGACAAGCUUUACCAAGUGACAAGCAACAUCAGUGGCAGCAGAGACUUGGACCUGACCUUGCAAAGAGGACAGGUUGUAGCUCUGCUGCAGAGUGUGGACACCAAGGGGAACACGAACAGAUGGCUGGUGGAUGCUGGAGGUCCCCGAGGGUUUGUGCCUGCUGGAAAACUCCAGCCCUACUGCCCAGCACAAAGCCAGCAGCCUGGGAUGCAGAUGCUGACCCUUGAGAGCAGCACAGAGAGAAGGAGACAUUCAUUUGCAUCACCUGCAGCUCCCAGGCCUCAAGUGCCCACCUUUACCCCAACCUACCAGGUAGUCGCUGGCUUCUCCUUCGCAGCCAGGAGCCCGCAGGAGGUGACCCUCCAGGCAGGGCAGCCCGUGGUGGUGCUGGAGCCGCACGACAAGAAGGGGAGCAAGGAGUGGAGCCUGGUGGAGGUGAAUGGCCAGAGGGGCUACGUGCCCUCCAGCUACCUGGUGACCGUCCCCGUGCAGGAGCCCACGGGCUGGAGCUUGCCUGUGUGAGCACCCAAGGGCAUGGGCUUCACUGGAUGAGAGCGGUCUGCCUGGCACCUGAGGACUCGUCGAGGGAGAUGCUGGAGGGGGGUGACCCCUGGCUGGGAAGAUGGUGGGAAGGAGCUGGCAGAAUAGGGCCCAGGGGACACGGGUGUGAGGGAUGGCGGUUGGGAGGCAGUUUUUGAUGGGUAGGCGUGAGGGUGCCGUGUCCCAUGUGUGUUUGCACAAAGGGAAGCAGCACAGAGUGAGGGCAGGUGGCUGGUGUUUACCAGGGGGUUGCUGAAAUCCAUGUCAGUGACAGGUCCCUCGGGAAGAGGAGACAGUGCUGUCCUUGUCCCCAGUUAGGUCAGGAUGGAGCUGCAAAGGGUGCAGCGCUGCAGAGGGGUCUUCAGCCCAGUGGGGAGCAACUGAGGCUCUUGGAAAGAGGGUCUUGGGACAGUGCUGAUGUGAGUGCAGAGACUGAGGUGAAGCAGCCCUGGAGACACAGCUGCUGCUCCUCACCAGGCUCUGCACCUGCCUGAGUGCCCACCCCAAUGCGCUACUGUGGUCCCUUUGUCAGCACAGCCUUCACAU